AUGGACUUCUCAAUCCGCGCCGCCAACGUGGAGGACUGCAAGGACAUCGCGCGGAUGAUCGUGGAGCUGUCUGAAUAUGAGAAGGUAGCAGACCAAGUGAAAGUCACACAGAGAGACUUGGAGCAGGACGGCUUCUCCAAGAACCCGUUCUUCCAUGGGAUCGUCGCCGAGGUGCCGGAACAGCACAAAACCAAAGACGGCCACACGAAGAUUGGAUACGCACUUUACUUCUAUUCCUACAGCUCAAUGUCAGGCAGAGCCGUGUACAUGGAGGAUCUGUACGUGAUGCCCGACUUCAGAGGGAAGGGCAUUGGUAAAGCACUUAUGAGCAAGGUAGCUCAGCUGGGCCUCGCCGCCGGCUGCAACCAGCUCAACUUCACCGUCCUGGACUGGAACAAACAAUCUCUGGACUUUUACUUCAGCCAGGGCAGCGUGGACGUCACGGCGAGCAUGGGCUACCACUGUAUGCGCUGCGAAGGGGAGGCGCUGGAGCACCUGGCCCAACCUUAACCCGGCACCUGAGUGCAGGGAGGGAGGGGGAGAGAGAGAGAGAGAGAGAGAGAGAGAGAGAGAGAGAGAGA